UUUCUUUUUCGACCAUUUUCUCAACGAGUAUGCCUCGAGUUUUUGCACGCACGUCUCGUGUGCGGAUCUAAAGAGACGCAUACAUCGACGCGCCUUCUUCGUUAUUUGCUCUCCGACCGAAGACAGCUGGCUGGAAGCGUGUCAGAAUCACACGGUCGUCUUCACCGCACCUCACAAGAGCAGUGCAUGGCAGCUUCCGGGGCACAUUCGAGUUGGGGAGCUGUGCUCCUAGCGGCGUUCCUCUUGCUGCUAGACUCGCCGGCAGAGGGCAGGAGACACCUCAUUCGCCACGGUCGUCAGCGGCGGCACCACCAGCACCUACGCCACUUCCAGCAAAACGUGACGCUGGGUUUAAAACCAGGGUCGUACCAAGAAUCAGGUCCCUGGGGUCCCUGGACGGCUAGCAGUUCCUGCUCGAGGACCUGCGGAGGAGGCGUCGCCUACCAAACGCGAGUCUGCGAGGACUUCAGACAUGGCGAAUCGCACGGCUGCACCGGUCCAUCCAGGAAGUACUUUUCUUGCAACGUCGAAGAAUGUCCGGUCCACACAAAGGACUUCAGGGAAGAGCAGUGCGCCCGGUUCAACAGCAUACCCUUUGAAGGGCGCUACUACAGCUGGGUGCCUUAUUACAAAGCUGCCAACCCCUGUGAGCUAAACUGCAAACCAAAAGGCGAGCGAUUCUACUACCGACAUUCAGCGAAGACCAUCGACGGUACGCGGUGUCAUGAUGAUGGCAGCCUUGAUGUUUGUGUCGAUGGAGCUUGCAUGCCUGUCGGGUGUGACAAGAUGCUUGGCUCCGACGCCAUGGAGGACAAGUGCCGGGUGUGUCGGGGUGACGGUAGCAACUGCAGCACAGUCGAGGGCGUCUUCAACUUGGAUAACUUAGAAGUCGGUUACAACGACAUCCUGUUGAUUCCAUCGGGAGCUACGAACAUCAGAAUUGCAGAGAAGUUCCGCACAAACAACUAUCUUGCCGUUCGCAACCAGACUGGCUACUACUACCUCAACGGCAAUCGGCGCAUCGAGUUCUCCCGGAGCGUCCGCUUUGCUGGCACUGUGUUUCAUUACGAGCUGCUCAACCACCGUGCCAAUGCUCCCGAGAGCUUGGUCGCCCUUGGGCCAACGAUUGAGACCAUUGUCAUUGUGCUUCUGUACCAGGAGAAAAACCUGGGCAUCACAUAUGAAUACUCAGUGCCUCACGGUGUCAGUCAGCGGCAGCCGGACAUGUACAGCUGGAAAACGGGAGACUUCGGAGAAUGCUCACAGACCUGUGCGGGAGGUGCUCAGACCCGCUUCGUCUACUGUACGAGCGCAACCACAUUUGAAAAGGUGUCUGACGACCUCUGCAACCAGACAGUCAAGCCCCAAGCCACCAGGGUCUGCAACCCAGAACCAUGCCCUGCAACGUGGUAUGUUGGCGAGUGGGAAGACUGUUCCAAGUCUUGCGGCAAUGGCACGCAGGAGCGAUUGGUGUUCUGCCAGCGGCACACCGAGGUUGGCCGCGUGCUGACGGCUGACUCGGACUGCGAAUCCUCCGGGCCCAAGCCGGAACGGCUGCAGGAUUGCAGCUCCGAUGCCGAGUGUGCCUCCUGGGAAGUGGGCACUUGGAUGGAGUGUGAUCGUCUGUGUGGAGAAGGCACUCAGAUUCGAGAAGUUGUGUGCAUCAACCCUCUCGUUGAUGAGAUUGUGGAGGUCCUGGAUGACUCCCGUUGUGACGAAUUGAAAAAACCGCCCUCCAACCAAACCUGUGAGCUGCGACCCUGUGAUGGCACAGAAUGGGUUACUUCACCGUGGUCUGGGUGUGAACUUCCAUGUUCGUCGCGCAUCGAGACCCGGCAGGUGCUCUGCACCAACGAGAAGGGGGUACUGUUCCCUGACGAGUACUGCGAUGACGAGAAGCGGCCCAGCACGACCAAACCAUGUGACGAGGACGACAGUGCCCUGGGCGAGGAGUGCCAUUACAUGUGGUACUACUCCAAGUGGAGCCCCUGUUCCACGGAGUGCGGGAAAGGCAUGCAAACCCGCAAGGUGUUCUGUGUCAGCUUUAUUGACGGGAACAUCGUCAAUGUGACGAAUGACAAUUGCAACCCAGCAGAACAACUUAACUCAACUCGGGAGUGUACUGUAGAGGCUCUCUGUAAUGGCACUUGGGUCGCUGCUCCCUGGAAUCAGUGUUCAACGCCCUGCGGUGGUGGUCAGCGCACAAGAACUAUCCUUUGUCACAUCAAUGGGAAACCAGCUGCACCUGAGAAUUGCGAUGCCAGCAAGAAGCCCUUUGACACUGAGUCAUGCAACAUGAAUGCUUGCGACGAAGGGCGCGAGAACUGCACGGAGUCGCUGUACGGGUGCUGCGAGGACAAUGUGACCUUUGCUCUGGGAUCCGACGGCGAAGGUUGCUGCGUGGUGACUGAGUUUGGCUGCUGCCGUGACAAUGUCACCGCAGCGACAGCAGCUGACGGGUGCCUCGGCAACACGACAGUACAUGGAUGUUGUCCUGACAACGUUACCUUUGCAUUGGGUCCCGACUUCGAGGGAUGCGCCUGUGAGCACCAUGCUUUCGGUUGCUGUCCUGACAAGAAGUCGCCGGCUGAAGGUCCUGACUUUGACGGCUGUGUCGUCUGCACCAACACGACCUUUGGAUGCUGCCCCGAUGACAUCACUGCAGCACUGGGACCCAACUUUGAAGGCUGUGAAGGGUACGAGACCAACUGCACAACCAUCACAUUCGGCUGCUGCCCCGAUGGAGUGCAAGCCGCGGAGGGUGAGAACUUCGCCGGUUGCACCGUGGCAUGCGAGGACACCCAGUUCGGCUGCUGUCCCGACGGACUGGCUCCAGCUUCGGGCAUUGGCUUCGAGGGGUGUGACAACUGCAGUGAGUCGCCCUACGGAUGCUGCGCAGACAACACGUCCUUUGCCCUAGGCCCAGACGGUGAGGGCUGUUGUUUUCACACCGUGUUUGGCUGCUGUCUCGACAACACGACGGAAGCCCAGGGACCAGACCGGGCAGGCUGCAGCUGCCAUACGACGCCACACGGCUGCUGCCCUGAUGGGAUCGCCACUGCUAGCGGCCCCAGGUACUACGGAUGCACAUGUCACAGGUAUCCAUUUGGCUGUUGCCAAGACAAGCACUCAGUGGCCGGCGGUCCCGACUUCGAAGGGUGCAUCUGCUCUCGUCUGCUCUACGGUUGUUGCCCCGACGAUGUCACUCCCACUGAGGGUCCUGACAUGGCGGGCUGUCCGUGCAAGACAACAGAGUUUGGUUGCUGCCUUGACCAACGCACUCCUGCCCGCGGACUCAACCUGGCCGGGUGUGGCUGCGAGACCAUGCCUUUCGGCUGCUGCCCUGACCAACGAGCACCAGCCCGUGGACCUGGCUUUGGUGGCUGUCCAUGCAUGGCGAUGCCAUAUGGCUGCUGCCCCGACCAACACACUGCUGCCCAAGGACCAGACGGCAGAGGCUGCGAGUGCGAGAAGCUGCUCUAUGGGUGCUGCCCCGACGGGAUCACUGCCGUCAGGGGGCGCAAUUUUGAAGGCUGCCAAGAUACAACGGUCAUGCUUACCCACAACGUCAGCGCCAGUGUGUGUGGCCUACCCGAAGAGCGUGGCCCCUGUCACAACUAUACGGUCUACUGGUUCUUCAGCGUCACCGAUGGUCGCUGCAACCGCUUCUGGUACGGUGGUUGUGAGGGCAAUGGAAACCGGUUCAACUCAGAGGAAGAGUGCAAGAACACCUGCGUCAAACCUGAAGGACCAGAUGCCUGCCUGCUUCCAAAGGUGAUUGGUACGUGCGACGGCCAGUACCAGCAUUGGUACUUCAACGCGACCACUCGCUCCUGCGAGUCGUUCAUGUACGGAGGUUGCCUCGGAAACAACAACCGCUUUGCCAGCAAAGACCUGUGCGAGCAGACCUGCCUGCAGCAGGAGAAGCUUGACCAGUGUGAGCAGUCGGCAGCACCUGGACCAUGCAGGGGCUCGUACAAGCGGUUCUACUACGACCGGCAGGACAACCAGUGCAAGCGGUUCACGUAUGGUGGUUGCCAAGGAAACGCAAACAACUUUGUCACAGAAGAGGAGUGCUCAGAACAAUGCGUCAGGCUUAGCGCACAGGUUCAACGUUCGCACGACCAGUGCGAGCGCAUGUGCAACUCUACAAGAGUCGCUGUGUCCCGUGACAUCUGCGCCCUGCCGAAGGAAGAGGGUCCAUGUCGGGCAGCCAUCCUGCACUGGCACUACAACAUGGCGGCUGGGCGCUGCGAGCAAUUCUACUACGGUGGCUGCGAGGGAAAUGCCAACCGGUUUGAGUCGCAUCGUGACUGUGAGCGUGCCUGCCUCUCCGUUGGAAGUCGAAACAUCUGCUUGCUGCCGCAAGAGGCCGGAAACUGCGUGGAGUUUCGCGAGCGGUGGUUCUACAAUGCAGAGGAAGGUCGCUGCCACCGUUUCUACUACGGAGGCUGCGACGGAAAUGGGAACAACUUUGGCUCACACCUGGAGUGUGAACACACGUGCGGACAGCCAGCUCCAACUGAGAAACCUCAGGAAGAGUUCCUACUUGAUUUCUGCUUCAUGCCGAUUGAGGCAGGCCCCUGCACCAACAUGGAGGUGCGCUGGUUCUAUGACAAGCAGGAUGGCGUGUGCCGCGAGUUCUACUAUGGCGGCUGCCUUGGCAAUCGGAAUCGUUUCGGGUCCCGUAGGGACUGCGAGGACCGCUGCUUCAGUUCUCAAGACCUGUGCAUGCUGCCGAGAGUGCAAGGCCCGUGCAGUGGCACGUUCACCCAGUGGUUCUACGAUUCCGAGAUGGACCAGUGCCAUGAGUUCACGUAUGGCGGUUGCCAGGGCAAUGCCAACCGCUUCAACCACCGUGAAGCUUGCGAGAAUCAGUGCCGCGAUGGGGAGCCACUGCCUACAGAGCAACCCAUCCAGCGCCCCACACCCCUUGAUGUGUGCACACUCCCGAAACAGCCUGGACCAUGCUAUGGCCUGCUGAUGAUGUGGUACUUUGACACUGCAACUCGUGAGUGCCGCAGCUUUACCUACGGAGGCUGCGAGGGCAACGACAAUCGCUUUGAGUCUCGGGAGCUCUGUGAACAACGCUGUGGCCGCCAUGGUGCAGGGCCGGGCGUAGAAACACCCACCCGGCAUCCGACUAAGCCUAGGCACGUUGGACAAGGCAUAUGCAAGAAACCGGUCGACCCCGGCAACUGCAAUGAGGUGCAUGAACGGUGGUUCUACGACGCGCAGACCGGCGACUGCCUGCAAUUCGUGUACACUGGCUGUGGAGGCAAUAAGAACCGGUUCAGAUCGCCGGAAAUCUGCAUGAAGUUCUGCUCUGGGGUUUCAAGGGACACACCCGAAUACGAAGUCAGUGAACCCGACUUCGACGAGGGUAAACAGAUGCCACCGUCUUCUCGGAAGCACGAGGGAUCGGAUGAGGAGUUGGACCCACGUGUUAAGCCACUGAUGGUGGUCACGCCAUUUCCCACACCGUUUUCGUUGACACCGGCAGCUCCACCACAGACACCAGCACCGGAGUGCCUCCCGUCAGACUGCGAGGACCUGCAGUGUCCCCUUGGGAAGAACCAGACGGUGGACCACCGUGGUUGUGUCCAAUGCCUCUGCAGCAACCCUUGCGAAACCUUUUCUUGCCACGAAGAAGAGCUUUGCAGGAUUGAGGCAUACCGAAGUGCCGACGGCAGCGCCAACUAUCGUCCAGUGUGUCGACUAGUAAAAAAGCCUGGCCACUGCCCCGUAGCCGAAGUCGAGGCACAACCUCGACUUCUGCUCGAACUUCGGCUCCACUCGAACGUUUGCCGAGUGGACGCCGACUGUCCCGACGUCCGCAAGUGCUGCUACAAUGGCUGCGCUCACGUCGUUGUCCAGGCUGUCGUUACUGAGAGUACCACCUCACACGUGUCCACAACGACGCAGACUCCAAUUCUAACACCUGAGCCAACAAAUGAAGACCUGUCACCGCCCGUGCACCGUCCGGCAGAAAUGGCAGCACACGCAAAGCCGGAGGUGACAGCCAACGCCGGCUCUGACGUGACACUGUCGUGCCUCGACCGGCCGUUCCUGAUAGUGUCUGUCACGUGGACCUUCCGUGAUGAGUCGGUUGACAGCAAUGAGGGGCGCUUCAAGAUCUUGGUCGAUGGCUCAUUGCAUAUCUCCCAGCUGACGGGCGACGAUGCAGGCCCCUACCGGUGCACUGCCGAUGACGAGCGCCAGAAGGUGUCAAAUGUCACCAACCUUGUUGUGUUCGGGACGCAUAUAUCGACGCGCCUUCUUCGUUAUUUGCUCUCAGACCGAGGGCAGCCCGCUGGAAUUGUGUCAAAAUCACAUGGUCGUCUUCGCCGCACCGCACGAGAGCAGUGCAUGGCAGCUUCCAGGGCACAUUCGAGUUGGGGAGCUGUGCUCCUAGCGGCGUUCCUCUUGCUGCUAGACUCGCUGGCAGAUGGCAGGAGACACCUUCUGUACCUGGAGAAGAACCAGGGUAUCACGUAUGAAUACUCAGUGCCUCACGGUGUCAGUCGGCGGCAGCCGGACAUGUACAGCUGGAACUCGGGAGACUUCGGAGAAUGCUCACAGACCUGCGGGGGAGGUGCUCAGACCCGCCUCGUCUACUGUACGAGUGCAACCACAUUUGAAAAGGUGUCUGACGACCUCUGCAACCCGACAAUCAAGCCCCAAGCCACCAGGAUCUGCAACCCAGAACCGUGCCCUGCAACGUGGUACGUUGGGGAGUGGGAAGACUGUUCGAAGUCUUGCGGCAAUGGCACGCAGGAGCGGUUGGUGUUCUGCCAGCGGCACACCGAGGUUGGCCACGUACUGACCGCUGACUCGGAUUGCAAAUCCUCGGGGCCCAAACCAGAACGGCUGCAGGAGUGCAGCUCCGAUGCCGAGUGUGCCUCCUGGAAAGCGGGCAAGUGGACGGAGUGUGACCGUCUGUGUGGAGAAGGCACUCAGAUCCGCGAGGUUGUGUGCAUCAAACCUCUCGGUGGUGAGAAUGUGGAGGUCCUGGAUGGCUCUGGUUGUGACGAAUCGACAAAACCGCCCUCCAACCAAACCUGUGAGCUGCGACCCUGUGAUGGCACAGAUUGGGUUACUACACCGUGGUCUGGCUGUCAGGUUCCCUGCUCGUCGCUCAUCGAGACCCGGCAGGUGCUCUGCACCAACGAGGAGGGGGUACAGUUCCCUGAUGAGUACUGCGAUGACGAGAAGCGGCCCAACACAACCAAACCAUGUGACGAGGACGACAUUACCGUGGAUGACCAGUGCCAGUACAUGUGGUACUACUCCCAGUGGAGCCCUUGUUCCAUGGAGUGCGGGAAUGGCAUGCAGACCCGCAAGAUGCUCUGUGGCAUCUUUAUCGACAGGAGCAUCAUCGAUGUGACGGAUGACAACUGCAACCCAGCAGAACGGCUUAACUCAACUCGGGAGUGUACUGGGGAGGCUGUCUGUAAUGGCACCUGGGUCGCUGCUCCCUGGAAUCAGUGUUCAACGCCCUGCGGUGGUGGUCAGCGCACAAGAACUAUCAUUUGCCACGUCAAUGGGAAACCAGCUGCACCUAAGAAUUGUGAUGUCAGCAAGAAGCCCUUUGACACUGAGUCAUGCAACAUGAACGCUUGCGACGAAGAUGAAGUGAUCCUCCUGGGAGGCUGCAAAAAUUCUAAGCAUGGCUGCUGUCUUGACGGCAUGACGCCUGCUGGCCCCAGCUUCACGGGAUGCCCCGAGGUUACUCCUGUCGAAGGUGGCUGCAAGGCUACGGAGUUUGGUUGCUGCUUGGACGGUGUGACCCCGGCAUUUGGGCCAUUUAGGAAGGGCUGUCGGCAGCUGUCACUCUGCAACGGCACGGAGUUUGGCUGCUGCCACGAUGGCAAGACACCAGCUGAGGGCCCCAACAAAGAGGGCUGUCUCAAUGUCACAACUGACGCAGCCCUUUUCGCCAACUGCAGCACAGCUGAGUGGGGCUGCUGUCCGGAUGGCUUGUCUGUGGCCCAAGGACCGAACAAUGAGGGCUGCCCACCUUACAUCCAGGUUACGCUGGUUGCCAAUUGCUCUCUGUCAACUCACGGCUGCUGUGCAGAUGGUAUGACUGCGGCCGGAGGUCCGGACGGGCUUGGUUGUGAGGACGAAGUCGAAGGGAGCGGGACUGAAGCAACCGACUGUGAGAACACAUUGUUUGGCUGCUGUCCGGAUGGCAAGACACCGGCAAGUGGUGCAGGAUUCGAAGGGUGCAGCGACUGCAGCAACACCACCUUUGGUUGCUGCCCCGAUGGCAUGAGCACUGCGACGGGUGAGGCCUUUGAAGGCUGUGCAGAAGGCUGUGAGGCCACCAAGUAUGGCUGCUGCCAAGACAAAAUCUCGCCAGCUGAGGGACCUGACUUUGAAGGGUGCGAGAACUGCACGGAGUCGCUGUACGGGUGCUGCGAUGACAAUGUGACCUUUGCUCUGGGACCCAACGGGGAAGGUUGCUGUGUGGUGACCAAGUUUGGCUGUUGCCGUGACAAUGUCACCGCAGCGACAGUUGACGGGUGCAUCUGCAACGUGACAGCACAUGGAUGUUGUCCUGACAACGUUACUGUUGCAUUGGGUCCCAACUUCGAGGAAUGCACCUGUGAGCACUAUGUUUUUGGUUGCUGUCCUGACAAUAAGUCGCCGGCUGAAGGUCCUGACUUUGAGGGCUCUGUCAUCUGCACCAACACGACCUUUGGAUGCUGUCCCGAUGAUGUCACUGCAGCACUGGGACCCAACUUUAAAGGCUGUGAAGGGUACGAGACCAACUGCACAAACACCAAAUUCGGCUGCUGUCCCGAUGGACGGGCUCCAGCUUCGGGCAUUGGCUUCGAGGGGUGCGACAACUGCAGCGAGUCGCCCUACGGAUGCUGCGCAGACAACACGUCCUUUGCCCUCGGCCCAGACGGCGAGGGCUGUUGCUUCCACACCGAGUUUGGCUGCUGUCUCGACAACAAGACGGAAGCCCAGGGACCGGACCGGGCAGGCUGCAGCUGCCAUACGACACCACACGGCUGCUGCCCUGAUGGGAACGCCACUGCUAGCGGCCCCAGGUACUACGGAUGCACAUGUCACAACUAUCCAUUUGGCUGUUGCCAAGACAAGCACACACCGGCCCGCGGUCCCAACUUUGACGGGUGCAUCUGCUCUCGUCUGCUCUAUGGUUGUUGCCCCGACAAUGUCACUGCCCCUGAGGGUCCUGAUGUGGCGGGCUGUCCGUGUCAGACAACAGAGUUUGGUUGCUGCCUUGACGAACGCACUCCUGCCCGCGGACCCAACCUGGCCGGGUGUGGCUGCGAGACCAUGCCUUACGGCUGCUGCCCUGACCAACAAACACCGGCCCGUGGACCUGGCUUUGGGGGCUGCCCAUGCACAGCGAUGCCAUAUCGCUGCUGCCCCGACCAACACACUGCUGCCCAAGGACCAGACGGCAGAGGCUGCGAGUGCGAGAAGCUGCUCCAUGGCUGCUGCCCGGAUCGUCGCACACCAGCCACAGGCCCCAGACUGACUGGCUGUACGUGCCACCACUACCCUCACGGGUGCUGCCCUGACGGACGAACUCCUGCUCGAGGUCCUGAAUACGAUGGCUGCACCUGUGCCAUGACUGCCUACGGCUGCUGCCCCGACGGGGUGACUGCCGCGAGGGGGCGCAAUUUUGAAGGUUGCCAAGGUGCAACGGUCAUGCCUACCCCCAGUGCCAGUGUGUGUGGCCUACCCGAAGAGCGUGGCCCCUGUCACAACUAUACGGUCUACUGGUUCUUCAACGUCACCGAUGGUCGCUGCAACCGCUUCUGGUACGGUGGUUGUAAGGGUAAUGGAAACCGGUUCAACUCAGAGGAAGAGUGCAAGAACACCUGCGUCAAACCUGAAGGACCUGGUCGAAACAUAUGCUUGCUGCCGCAAGAGGCCGGAAACUGCGAGGAGUUCCGCGAGCGGUGGUUCUACAAUGCUAAGGAAGGUCGCUGCCACCGUUUCUACUACGGGGGCUGCAACGGAAAUGAGAACAACUUUGCCUCACACCUGGAGUGUGAACAGGCGUGCGGGCAGCCUGCUCCAACUGAGGAACCUGAGUUCCAACACGAGUUCUGCUUCUUGCCUAGUGAGGCAGGCCCUUGCACCAACAUGGAGGUGCGCUGGUUCUAUGACAAGCAGGAUGGCGUGUGCCACCAGUUCUACUAUGGUGGCUGCCUUGGCAAUCGGAACAGCUUCCGGUCCAGUAAUGACUGUGAGGACCGCUGUUUCAGUUCUCAAGACCUGUGCAUGCUGCCGAGAGUGCAAGGACCGUGCAGCGGCACGUUCAUCCAGUGGUUCUUCGAUCCCGAGACGGACCGGUGCCAUGAGUUCACGUACGGUGGUUGCCAGGGCAACGCCAACCGCUUCAACGACCGCGAGGCCUGCGAGAAUCGGUGCCGCAAGGUGCCAGUGCCUACAGAGCAACCCACUGAGCGCCCCACGACCCUUGCUGUAGAACCAUCCACCCGGCAUCCCACUAAGCCUAGGCACGAUCUAAAAGGCAUAUGCAAGAAUACGGUCGACCCCGGCGACUGCAAUGAGAGGCAUGAACGGUGGUUCUACGACGCACAGACCGGUGUCUGCCAGCGCUUUGUGUACACUGGCUGUGGAGGCAAUAAGAACCGGUUCAAGUGGUUCAAAACCUGCAUGGAGUUCUGCUCUGGGGUUACAAUGGACACCCCCAAAUACCAAAUCAGUAAACCCGACUUGGAUGGCAAACAGGUGCCACCGUCUUCUCGGAAGCAUGAGGGAUCGUACAAAGUGUUGGACCCACGUGUCAAGCCACCGAUGGUGGUCACGCCGUUUCCGGCACCGUUCCUGUUGACACCGGCACCUCCACCACAGACGCCAGCACGGGACUGCCUGCCGUCUAACUGCGAGGACCUGCAGUGUCCCCUUGGGAAGAACCAGACGGUGGACCACCGUGGUUGUGUCCAAUGCCGCUGCAGCCACCCUUGCGAGAACUUUUCGUGCCACGAAGCCGAGCUUUGCAGGAUUGAGGCAUACCGAAGUGCCGACGGCAGUGCCAACUAUCGUCCAGUGUGUCGCCCAGUGAACAAGCCUGGCCACUGCCCCGUAGCCGAAGUCGAGGCACAACCUGCAGCCGUGGUCCGAGCGGACUGCCGAGACGUUUGCCGAGUGGACGCCGACUGUCCCGACGUCCGCAAGUGCUGCUACAAUGGCUGCGCUCACGUGUGUGUCCAGGAUGUCGUUACUGUGCCGGCCACGAUCAAGCCCUCGAGCGCGACUGUGACCGUGACCGUGUCAAGCACGGCACGGCUGUUAUGCUUGGCCGUUGGACAACCGACUCCCAUCGUGCAGUGGUACCGGCACGGCAAGCAGCUGCCACAGUGGAGCGCGCGCUACGCCAUCCUAGCAGACUUCACGCUCGCCAUCCGAAACGUCACGCUCGAAGACGAGGACAUAUACAUGUGCCGUGCGUACAACUACCACGGCCAGCCAGCCGUCAGGCAGGUGUCCCUCUCCGUGCUGCCAUUUAGUCGGGAGACGGCAGUGCCGGGACGCCGCCGGGGCCGCGGUCAUGGCUCACGGGGUUCACCAUUCCGGCGUACAGGCAGGAAAAUAUAUCUGACCGGCAACGGUGCGUAGCAACGCACAGUGGCGCGAGAAGAUGGGAGUGGUCACUCUGUACUCGGUGUGGCUGGUGCCCUGUCUUAUUGCCUUGGUCGUGCUUUAAGUUAGUUGUAUGUGUGAGCUUUAGGAAGCUCUGUAGCUAGUGCCUCACUUCAGACUUUCUCUUUAUCCUUGGGCCGUUGUCACGGCAAGAAUGGUUUAUGUGCAUUCGAGCACAGAUUAAGCACAUUAUAUCUUCCAGAGUAGCAUGGUUUACCUUUGCAGAGUGUACAGUGUGCUCUUGAAUCACUACAGAUUGAAGAUAUUACAGGCAACCAUAGCUCCUUCAAUAGCUUGUUACAGUAACGUAAAGAGUGAGGCUCUUACUGAACUACAUUUCAGGAAGCCAUCUGGAAUCUUGGAGCUCAAGGAAUAUUACAGUGUGAGUAAGAAAGGCUAAGGCUUAAGAAGUAAUUUAUUGCAAUCAUAAAUGUAAGCGACACAGUUCAACCUUCUGGCACGAGGUGCAUCACAGGAGAAUUCUAGUCGGCCUGACAUCAGCUUUAUGUAUCGCAAUGUCUCUACAUAUGUAUGCACAUGCUUUUCAUAUCAUAAAAACAUAGCCAUACAGGAUCUGUUUUCAUUUUCAUUUUUUGCCCAGUUGUUGUGGCCAGUUAAAGGCUUGAUGCAUUAGCUGCCUGUACAUUGUUACAAGCUACAAACUGCCACAUUCACAAUAAAAAUUCACCUUGAUUAAAUUAAUUUUCUUUACUUCGAAGACAACACAGACGGCAGCCACCUUUCUGGUCGGUAGCAAAAAGGAUCAUAAAAGCAGGACCACAUUGAAAUCAGUUAUUUGACUCAUUCUGGCAUUCUAAAAAGGCAGCGUGAGUGUUGUGCUGCAAUACAAUUUGCGUUACAACGUUGCCAAAAGAUACAUCGUGCAUUUUAGGUCUUUCCACAAUAGCAUUCAUGCACGAAUGGAUUGUCAAGACGUUUGUGUGGCACGGGUCAUCCCAAACUACUGAGGUUUAGCUUGUCGCCGCGAGUACAUCAGCUGCAGUUUGUUGCACUUUACGGUGCACCUUCCCAGCAGAACCAAAACGCACAAAACAGAAUAAAAUACUUGUGAAAACCAAUUGUACAUAUGUCACUUCCAAUAGGCCAGUGAUUUAUGUUUUGAAGAGCAUCUGUCCCUUGGUGCUUGUACGUCUGGGAAGGUACGUGUUUGGCUUGACUUGGCUUAAGUGCUUGAAAAGAGACUGGAAUAUAAACAGCGAUAUGAUCAGUAGUAAAAUUACUCUGCAGUAGUCUUGCAUAAGCUUGCUUCUGAGGCAUGUGAGACGCUUAUAGAGGACGUGAGCCUGACGCUUUUUACAAGUUAACACACAUCAUAGUGAAAGGUGGGUGCUUUGCACUGAUUUAGGUGCUUUUAUAUAUUUAUUUAAUUUAAGUGCUAAAAGCUAAAAUGCAAUGCUUUUGUGACAAUGUUAUACGCAACUAAGUGGUGGGAAUAGAUUAGUGUGGAGACGUUAGAGCUGGUAAAUUAGGGUACGUUAUGUUAUGAAUAUGGAACAGAUUGCAUCGCCAAAAGCAAGCGAACUUAUAUGCCACGAAAGAGAAUGGCUCUGUAGAAUGUGGUUUUAUUACAGAACUAGACAGACAAUGUUGCAGUUUUGCAAGCCUUUCGAUCUAUUGAUGUCA